AUGAAGGAGACAAAGCUUCUAACAACAGCCGUUGAGAGCACCGGACGGACGGAGUGGCGAGAUGGGAGGAAGAGAGACGAGUUACAACUGUGCCAGGGUCAGGUGGUUAUUAUUAGGCAGAAUUACCCGUAUAACUUUAGUAUCCCGCAGUACCAGUUACCAACUUCCUGGCGCAUGGUUGCAGGCAACACAAGUCACAGUGACAAGGAACUGCAAGUACCCCGAUGCAUGACGUCACUGGUCUGGUGGUCAUGUGACAUGCACUCACUGCCUCGGUGGAUAACGUCAUUAUCGAGGCAGGAUAAGAAGUAA